AUGCCCCUGGAAAAAUGGGGUUUAGUGCACAUGACGGGCUUCAGAGUCGUAACGACGAAAGGUUCUCCAGUGCCUUGUGAUAAAGAAGGUGCAGAAGUUGAAGUACCAUGGAUUUCUACUGAUCCGUGUAUAAGUUGUAAAUGUCAAAAUAAACAAGUCAAAUGUGAUCGGGAGCUAUGCCCAAACAGGAAGCCCUGUUAUCUGUUUCUAUUUGGACAAGAAAAGAAAUCGUGUUGUGAGAUGUGUAAAGCAUGCACUUACAAAAAUCAGCGGUAUGAAAAUGGUGAAGAGUGGAUUGAUGUCGAGGAUCCAUGCAAGAAGUUGACGUGCUUGAGUGGUGUAAUUACCGAAACGGAGAUCCAAUGCUACACAUCAUGUAAGAAUCCAUUAGCUCCGGAGCCCGGAAAAUGCUGUCCCAGAUGCCCAGAUUGCUCUAAAAAAGAAGGCAAAGAAGGAUAUCAUUUAGCAUCACUUCAGACGGAUCCUUGUGUAACGUGCUCUUGUGAGGGAAACGGCACUGUGUGCUCCAAAAAGGCUUGCCCUGUUUUACCUUGCGAGUCACAUAAAUAUAUUUAUAAAAAAGGAAUGUGCUGUCCAGUUUGUACAGGUCUUCGAAAAAUAUUCAACAUGGAUGGCCGAUGUCUGUUGGGCUUGCAGAUCUACAAGAAUGGUGAUUUCUUCCAACAGGAUGAAUGUACCACCUGUCAGUGCAAUGAUUCUACUUUGUUCUGUGAACGAAAAUCUUGUCCUCCUCUUGAUUGCUACGCAGGACAGCAAGUGAAGGAUCCGGAAGAAUGCUGUCCUCGUUGCAGAUCACCAGAAGAGAAAAAGGCAGUCUGCUCUUUUCAAGGAAAAAUAGUAGAGGAUGGUCAUCAAUGGCGGAUGGAGAAAUGUACAGAAUGUGUCUGCAAGGAUGGACAGGUGCACUGUGCGGUGGAACCCUGUGAAUCCCCACAGAUCACGUGCCCCCGCGGGCAGACCCUCAAAGCCAAACCCGGAGACUGCUGUCCGUCUUGUGUCGAAGAAGAUGGUAUCUGUACAGUAUUUGGAGACCCACAUUAUAAAACAUUUGAUAAUAAAAUGUUCAACUACCAAGGGUCGUGCAAAUAUGUCUUAAGCAAAGACUGUGUCAAUAGAACUUUUUCAAUAGAAGUGUUGAACGAAGCACGAUAUUCUAAAUUGUUUUCCUGGACUAAGUCCAUCACUAUCAAGGCAAAUGGCACAAAAAUUCGUCUGGGACAGUACAUGAAGAUUCAUGUCAACCAUAAACCUGUGAAGCUGCCUUACAUUGAGCAGGACAUUACCGUGCUUCAAGAAGAUAGGAAUGUCAUGCUUAGAACAACCCUUGGUCUAAAAGUGGUUUGGGAUGGCAACAGCUAUCUGGAGGUAUCCGUACCAUCUAGUUAUAAGGGACUUCUGUGUGGUCUGUGCGGCAACUACAACGGAAAUAUCAGCGAUGAGUUUAAGACGAAGCAAGGGAAGCUAGCGAAAAAUCCAGAGGAGUUCGGAAAUUCAUGGAGAGUAGGCCAAAUGAAACGCUGCACGAUUUCUCAAACCUCUACGCCAAAUAUUCGAAGAGAAAACUGGGACGUACACUUAAGAGCCACUAGGGACUGCAAUAUUUUGAAAUCAGCAGUGUUCAAGCCAUGCCACAGAAUCGUCAGUGCGGUAUCUUACUUUGAAUCCUGUUACGUCGAUGCCAGUGAAUGCAGGACCCGAGAUCGCUGUUACUGUGAGUCCUUCACUGCUUAUGCUCGGGAAUGUGCAAGAUCCGGGAAAGAGCUGGGAAACUGGAGAAGUGCUACGGGUUGCGACGGCAUGCGAUGCGGAAACGGUCAACAGUUUAUGCACUGUGCACCAGCAUGUCGUCGUACCUGCAGGAAGCCCAAGAGAGAUAAGUCUUGUCGUAGGGACUGCAAGCCGGGCUGCUAUUGCCCCCCUGGAACCGUGUGGCACAGGAAGAGCUGCAUACCACUUGACGAAUGUCCUCCUUAACUGCAUCAGGAGGGACUGCUUCUGUGAAGUGGUGCAUUCAUCCUGACUUUCAUCAAAGCAUUCAUCCUUUCUUUCAGAAAUCGCUGGCCGAGCGUGUACUUGUGUUUUUCUUCUCGAUGUAAGCUUUACUGCAUACCAAAUUGUGUCGAUUCAAUUCAUGACAAAAAAAAAAGAAGUUUUCAUUUGUCAUUCAAAAUUAUUAUUUUGAGUUUUGACUUUUUCUGAAGCACAUUACGG